AAUAGAUUAUCCGGGAACUUCGGCCCACAGCUAUCGCCGCCAUGAUGAACAGGAGCGGCAUAAUGCGCUUGGAAACUCGAAGCCGAGCUAAAGACGAUGUCAAACGGGUUAUGCUGUCAGUGGAGCGCGUAAGGAAAUGGGAAAAGAAAUGGGUUAACGUAGGUCCCAGCAGUUGUACUUUGAAAGUUUUCAAGUGGGUCCCAGGAUGGUUGGAUUCUGGACCAUUAACGCUCAUCAACUGUGUCAAAAAAAUGUCCCCAGAGCCAAAAGACAAUCAGUCAGUCAGCUCCAGUGUUGGUGAAACGAAUGACAGUGGUGCAUCAUCUCCAAGCUCAUCACAGCAACAGUCCAUUGAAUUGUCAGCAACAGGUACUACUGGAUCUGACAAGUUUCAUCCAGUACGUCCUCUCCAACUAAAUAAAAGUGGAGCACCCCAAGGGGACAGCAGCACCCAUCCAACAAACACAAGUCCAAUCAAGCGACGAGCAAGCCAAGCUGAGGAGCUCUUGAAAGCAGAAGAUGCAGGAGGUACAGAUCAUAGCACUACAUUUAUAAAAGACUUUGAUGAUACCAAUGACAGUUCCUUACAGCCAGUGACUGAUCUUACGGGUGUAGAUGAGCCUUCCAAUGAUGACGAAGGCAUAACAUCUCAAACAACCACAGAUAUCUCCAGUAUGCUGGAACAGGACAGUAACCAAGAGAGUACUGAAUGUCCACCUCUAAAAAGACCUCGCACUGAAUCUCCUGAUGAUGAGCAGGAACAGUAGUGCUGUGAAAAUUAGAUUAUUUUAUUUUCAACUCUAGAAAAAUAUGAAAGUGAUAUUUAUAAGGUAACAAGAGCAAUAAACCAAAUAGAUUACUAUUUAUUGCAGAACUAAAGUGAAUGAUGUUAAGUUCAAGAAAAGUACAUGUAGUUUUCAUCAAGGCAUGGUUUAAGAACAACAACAUUCUUGAAUCUAAGCUGCAGUUAGCACUGUUUAUUAUCAUAAGUCAUAGACACAUGAAUCUGUUCACUCUUUGAAAGAUUGGUUAUGGACAAAAAGUCAUUUCUUGGUUUCAUA